AUGGCUGCGGGAAGCUAUACCUCUAAACAACGCAGAGUUACCAAGACAGAAGUCUUGCACGUGCAAGAGGCCCUCGAGAGUAGCAAUGGAUUCGUGUGUAAACAAAAUCCCACCUUAGAAACGGAGAUAGAUUUAAGAGUCGACAUAAAUGCUGCCGAGGAUCUGGAGCAGGAUGCUGCCGAGGAUCUGGAGCAGGAUGCUGCCGAGGAUCUGGAGCAGGAUGCUGCCGAGGAUCUGGAGCAGGAUGCUGCCGAGGAUCUGGAGCAGGAUGCUGCCGAGGAUCUGGAGCAGGAUGCUGCCGAGGAUCUGGAGCAGGAUGCUGCCGAGGAUCUGGAGCAGGAUGCUGCCGAGGAUCUGGAGCAGGAUGCUGCCGAGGAUCUGGAGCAGGAUGCUGCCGAGGAUCUGGAGCAGGAUGCUACUCGAGGAUCUGGAGCAGGAUGCUACUCGAGGAUCUGGAGCAGGAUGCUGCUAAAGCUGUUUUACGUGAGCACAGUUGUUUGA